AUGUUUUCGAUCACGGGCGGCGUGGCGCGCGUCGGCGCCGGGGGCGCUGCUCGGCUGGAUCUCCAGUUCGCCGAGCAGAUCAUAGGCCGCACCCAGACGGGGGACAUUCAGCUGCACGCGCCCCGCGAGCCUCUCACCAAGCAUGAGCUCAACGUAGGCAUUGCCAACGCGCAGCGGGCCUGGGAGAGGCUGCGCGGUGCGUUGCGCAGGAGGAAGCUGGAGCGCCGCGGCCCGCAGCCGUCGCUCGGGGGCGAGAGCAGCGACGACCCCGACCCGAACAACGACGCGGACCAGGAGCAGAAGGAAGACCAACCGAGCGAGCACAACCUCCAGGACGAGCUGAAGCUGGAGAACCAGCUCCUGCGCAAGGAGAACGACCAGCUAGAGGAAGACGCGCUGCGCCGUCGACAGGCCAACAAGCGCUUGAAGCUCGAACUCAGCAAGGCGGCGGACGCGCCGAACGGCUCUUGGGCUGCGGCGGCGGCUCAGCAGGACAGGGAGAACACGCGCCUUAGGGCGCCAUCGCCGAGCGCCCCCGCGGCCGCGUUCAAACUCUGCCCAAAGCCCAAGAGGGGGAAGGUCCGCGUGCAGGGCAAGAGGGGGAAGGAGAAAGGCACGGUUUCCUACGUUCGCACCAUGAAUGGCACCGAGAAGACACGGAAGGAGCGCAACGCGUGGCUUCGCAACGUCGACUCUUUCAACACGGGCAACGAGAGCGAACUCGUGGACCUCCUGAUCAAGGACGGGCCCCCCCUCGAUUGGCCAGAGCUGACGUGCCCAUUUUGUGGGAAGGGCACCCUCGGUAAACGUUACGCCAGGGAGUGGGAGGGCUGUCCGGGCCGUGCGCGGCGGUGCAACGACGGGAGGAACUGCGGCAAGCAGCAGACGUCGUCGUUGAGGGAUAAAUGCAGGGUCAUGUUCGGCAUUCCCACGGGGAUGACGACCGCGCAGAUCCACCAGCACUGCGGCACCAACAGCAAGACGAUCGAGACUAUGACCCGCAACCUGGACCUCGACCGCGAGCAGCGCGUGGAAAAAUACGAGAAGGACACCGUGUACGGCAACAAGAAGACGCGGGUUGACGUCGAGGCCGACGCGCCCGUCUUCGCUCCUGCGGUCACAGAGGACAAGGAGAUGAAGAGUGGGAACAGUGGGCAGGCAACUGAGUCGGACCGCACGAAGAAGAUGGCGCCUGGCCAAGGCGCCAUCAAGAAUACCGACUGGGGGCCCUUUCCCUUGGACCGCCUCAAGGAUCGCAAGGCUCCAGGGAUGUUCCACGACUCCGCCGUGCACUGCAAGAAGCGCGCGAAGCGCGGGGGGAAGUGGGCGCGGGCCAAGCCCGUGCAUUCCAAAAUCGCGAAGCACAAUCUCCCGAGCGGCACGGCGCUGAAGGUGAAAGCGGGCACGCAGAUCAUCGACAGGGCGUGGAAGCACGUCAAGCACCACAUUGGCCCCCGCACUUUAUAA